AUGCAAAAAGUUUCGCAGCAAUCACUGCCGACUCCCACAGCCAAGUCUGCGAUGGAUUUGCUGCUGAAACCAACUGCUAUUGAUGAAGAGCCAUCUACUACUGUAGACCGAACGGUGUUGCAAUCUGGGCAUGUCAUCACUGCCGCUGUUAAAGUGGCUACAUCUAUUGUUGCGUUGCUGCGACCAGAAGCAGCAAUCGCGCCUAUUGCUACAGCCUUGGACGAACCCUUAUCUUGUGCGCUGGAAACAAAUCUGCAGCCUGCAAAAACCCUUGAAGGGUCAACCUCAGGAUUAACGAUGGCGGAGAAGAUUGGCAUCCCAGUUGAUAUACCAUACAGCCCUCCGUUUCUUGAAGAUGCACUGCCUGGUGAAGCUGCUGUUGGAAUAGAACUCGAAGACACGCUCUGCAAUCAACCAGAUUCUCCAAUUGCUGUUGAGAAUCACCAUCUUCCUUCAGCAUCAAUGGCCGCUGCUAGCAAAAGUGGAACAACAACAUCGCUGGACGUGGAAAUCCGGAGUGGAACGCCAGUGGAUAACUCCCUGAUUGUACGCCCACCUUCUGCGCAACAAAAUCCCGUGAACGAUGCAGUUGACCCGGCGCCCUUGGUUUCAAAAGAGGAUAAGAUGCAAGCGAACUCCGCAGCUAUUGCGCCAUCAGCGGAUAAAAGUUUGACCCCUUCAAAUCAGAAAAUUUUGACAUAG